AUGCUAUAAACAAACAUGGCGGGUUCCGGAUCAAAAAACUGGCAUCAAGAAAUAAAAUCUCGAUUAUCUGAGAAGGUUGCAAAUAACAUAAAUGAUCUUGGAUCUCUUUGUAAGCAAGUAUCGAAAGGUUCCAAAUCACUAGAGGCUAUAGAAAAAACAAGCAAGAACUUUACUCUAUUAGAAGGUGCUAUAGAAAAUUCAUUAACUACUUUAAAGAAGAUGUCGUUAUUAUCUCAACAUUUAAAUUAUCAAAUAGACGCCAUCAACACUAGCGCAGAACAAUUGCCCGAUAUAAAGAACCAGCUAGAAACAAUACACACAUCAGCGACAUGA